UUGACACAUUGCCAUCUCUUCAGUUAAGUAUGGUAAGAGAGAAAACAAAAGAUAAAGAAAAAUCUUAAGUACAUAUAGUGACAUAACUGAAUAGGUGCACUACACAAACAUCACCUCCAUUUUUUUGUUUCUUCUCUUUUUCUCUUUUGGUGCUACCACUUCUUGAAUCAAACCACAAAAGAAAUAUUAAAGGAAGUGAGGAAGUUAAAAAAAAAAAAAACUCUCCUGUAUCCUACAUUCACCUUUUAGUUGAUCUUUCUUUCUUUCUUUUUUCCCCAAGAAUUCACUAUAUAAUUACCCAAUUAAACACUUCACUUGAUACUUGACUAGUUUCAAAAUGGUACUAGUAUUCUUCAUUCUAAUUUUAAGCUAUCUAGCAGGGAUCUCACAAGGCCAACUAAGAGUUGGUUUUUAUGGCAACACAUGCCCUAAUGCUGAGACCAUUGUUAGUAGUGUUGUCCGUCAAGUUGCUUCCUCCAACCAAAACAUUGCUCCUGUCUUGCUUAGGCUUCAUUUCCAUGACUGUUUUGUUCAGGGGUGUGAUGGAUCAAUUUUGAUAGAAAAUGGGGAUAAUGCAGAAAGGCAUGCAUUUGGACAUCAAGGAGUAGCAGGAUUUGAAGUGAUAGAAAGAGCCAAAGCUGAAAUAGAAGCAGUGUGCCCUGGCAUUGUGUCUUGCGCCGAUAUUGUUGCUUUGGCUGCGAGGGAUGCUGUUGUUUUGGCAAAUGGACCUUCAUAUGAGGUGGAAACAGGAAGAAGAGAUGGAGUGAUAUCAAAUUUAUCAUUAGCAAAUGACAUGCCGGAAGUUAGCGAUUCCAUUCAGAUACUCAAAGCUAAGUUCUUGCAAAAAGGCCUCAAUGGGAAAGACCUUGUUGUGCUCAGUGCUGCACAUACAAUUGGUACCACGGCAUGUUUCUUCAUGACACGAAGGCUAUACAACUUUUUCCCUGGAGGAGGUUCUGAUCCGUCCAUAAAUCCAAGUUUCCUCCCUGAAUUAAUGGCGACUUGUCCGCAGAAUGGAAACGUUGAUGUCCGGUUACCGAUAGAUCGGGGCAGCAGCGGGACGUUUGACAACAAUAUUUUGCAGAAUAUUAGGAGUGGCUUCGCUGUGUUACAAUCUGAUGCCAGUUUAUAUGAAGAUUUUGUGACAAGGAGCACUGUGGAUUCAUACUUUGGGAUUUUUAGCCCAUUUUUGGGGAUAUCUUUUGAGGCUGAUUUUGCUAAUGCCAUGGUGAAAAUGGGCAGAAUUGAUGUGCUAACUGGAUCUCAAGGGACUAUUAGAAGUGUAUGUUCCACAUUUUGAUUGAUAUAAUUGUAAGUACUAGUUUUAUCCUAUCACUAAGUCUUUGCUUAAAGCAUUCUAAUACUUGUGCUCUAUUGUGGAGUUUAACAUCAAAACCAAAAUUUCCU